AUGAGCAAUCAACGUAAUAGAGUAAAAAAAUUCUACACACCCUUGCCUCUUCUUCGUGUUCAUACAAAAGCAGCUAAAAGGUAUCAAGGUUCUUUACCUAUUACCCAUAAGUUACCAGCAAACAAAUCAAAUAAACAAUCAAAUCAUUUAAGUAAUUUAGAAAAUUUAAAUGAAUAUUCAAAUGAUAAUGAUUUAAAUAAAGAUGUAAAUUGGGAGAUUAGUAAAGAGGAAUAUUUUUUAGAUAGUGUAGAUUGGGAGAAUAAUGAGAUAAAAUACUUGUAUAAUAAU